UUAUAUGGAUUGCUGAGCAGAUCUGAGAGUUUUCCGGACACGGUUCAUUCAGGACCUGUCUCUGUGGUGUCAGGAUGAACUCCACGCUCCUCUCCUGCAGCUCCAACUCCUCAGUGGAGCAGAACAUGUACCCCACCGUCUACUCUUUAUUCUUUAUCGUGGGGUUUCCAGCCAACUGCCUGUCUCUGUUUGUAGCCUGGAAGCUGGCGCUGCAGGGGAACAACAUGGCGGUCUACCUGGUCAGCCUGUGUGUUUCGGACCUGCUCUACACGGUCACUCUGCCUGUUUGGAUCGGGAUGGCGCAGCGCUGGAACGUCUCUGAUCAACUGUGUGGUGUGAUGUAUCUGAUCAUGUACAACAGCUUCUACGUUGGCUCGGGUCUGCUCUGCUGCAUCUCUGUGGACCACUACCUGGCCGUGGUCUACCCGCUGCACUUCCACUGGGUCAGAGAGGUCAGGGCCGCAGUUCUGCUGAGCGCUGCCGUCUGGCUCCUGGAGAUUUUUCUUCACAUUGUCUUGCUUCACCACAUGGGGGCGUUGCAGUCAUUCAACUUGUGCCACCAGCCGAUGCCACUGACUUGGAAGGACGUCGAUGUUGCCCUGGUUCGGGUGGUGCUCAGCUUCCUGUUUCCUCUGGUCGUCAUGACGAUGUGCUUCUAGCAGAUCAUGCAGUCGCUCAGACAGAGCCGCUCCGUCCUGGAGGAAGAGCGGCGGAAAGUCAGGCUGCUGCUGCUCACAUACGUCGCCUCCUUCGUGCCCUACCAGACCGUCAUGUUCCUGCGGGUCGUCCUAGAGCCGGGGGCCUGCGGCUGGGCCAGCGGCCUUAGAGACCCGUACCUGGUCACGGUCGCCAUGACGACCCUGAACAGCACUCUGGAUCCCAUCAUCUACUGUUUAAUUGAUGAGAGCGCCAAGAGAGAGAUUUUGAGAGUGAUAAACAGAGGGAGAAGUUUCAUCAAAAGAGCGACACGGAUCCAAGCAGUUUCCUGAAUUCCUCUUCUGCUAACCUGCAUCCAUAUUUAGUUUUAUAUCAAA